AUGCAAAGAAUUCUAUCAAGGACAAAUAAAAGGGCAUUCAUUCGAGCUCUAAGCGAUUCGGCAAAUAAACCAGUUGCUAAAAACGCGGACAAACCACGAUUCGCCAUUCGAAAUCUUGAUCCAACAGCUCCCGUGGAAAAAUUAUCGCUUUCAAGGGGUCUAGCGUUGAAUAAAUUCGAAAAAGAUUUUAUGAUUUAUCCGGAAUAUUUGGAUUCAGAUGAUGUUCGAAAUAUUGAAGGUUUCGUCGAUAUCCUACGAAAUUCACUAAAACUUGCAUGCGAUAGUGCAGAAAUCGAAAAAGCCGGCGAGUUGACGCCAGAAGUUCUCGAUGCCAUGAAAAGCAAUGCAAUUUUUGGAUUAUCAAUCGGCAAAGAUUUCAAUGGAGUUGGAAUGAAUAAUAAGGACGUUUCGAAGGUUUUUGAGGAGCUCAGCGUGGAUCUCAACGUGUUCACAACCGCUCAAAUCGCUCUAAUGGUCGCCAAAAUUCUAACAAUUUAUGGGUCCGAUGAGCAAAAAUCCAAAUUUCUUCCGCUUCUCGCUUCAUCGAAAUGCCGUGCGGCUAUCGCGUUCAGCAAAAAUAUUGGAGCAAAAUUAACGAUGGCAAGUGUGGGAAAAUCGAUGAUCACCGGCGAGAAUGUGAGAGUUGUCGGGCAACACAACGCGAAUUUCUUUCUCGUGUUCGCCGACUCGCCAAAUAAGAGCACAAGGCAAAUCGAGCAGACGUGCUAUAUUCUAAACGAGCCGGAUUUCGAGAGCACUGAUAGCUUGAAGUUCGAAAGGGACUCCACGUUAGGAUUGAAGGCGGUGGAUGUGGGAAAAAUCACAUUCACCGCGUUGAUUACACCGGAAAAUGUUCUUGGAGAUGCUGGAAAUGGUCCGGAGGUUGGAAGUGAGCUAGUGUGCAGCGGUCGCAUCACAUUCGCCGCCGGCGUCGUCGGAAUCGCGCGUCGAGCGCUUCGAGACCUGUCGAUUUGGUGUAAUCGUGCGCCGAGUCGAAACACGUCGCGUGCGACGCUCGCCGACGAUUUCAGCGCUCAGCGAAUCGUGACGGACGCGGCGCUGAAAGUCUACGCGCUGGAAUCGGCGUUGUAUUAUAUCGCCGGAAUGGUUGAUGAGGGCUUGGCAGUGGUGAUUGACAUCGAAAACGCGCUUCUAAGUAUUCUUUCGAAGGAGGUGAUCCAAUCCAUCAUUUCGGUGCAGCUAGAGCUCAUCGGAAUGGCGGCCAGUGAGCAAGGAUCCCCGCAGGAGAAGCUCAUCCGAGAUGCCACUACUCUUUUAUCAGUGAUGGACGAUGGUGUUGAAGUCGAUCAAAUCGCAUUGGCCACAAUUUCCACAUGGGCGACAUCAUCGUCCCAUAAGCGGAUAACGAGCACGUUGAAGCGUUGGUUGACGAAUGAGAAGGAAGCUGAAGAGCUUCGAAAUCCGGGUUUGACGCAUUAUAUUGCCGAGCACGCUCAUCCGUCAUUGCAGCUUGCGUGCCAGGAGCUCGAAUUCUCAAUGUCUCGCAUCAAUGUGGUGAUUUCGAAACUUCUAAAAUCGCAAGGCAAAAAUGUUGAGCAGGAUUAUGGAACGCAUGAGGCAAUUGUGAAAGUCUUAAAGAACAAUUUGAUGAUGAUUUCGACAAUUUCGCGCGCUUCACGCUCCUAUUCAAUUGGGCUCCGAAAUGCCGACAUCGAGCUCGCGUGGGCGACAAUGAUUUGCUCGAGGCUCGCUCGAGAAACGUGGUUCGAGCUCGACGCUCUGUCCGACGUGUUCGGUCUCGUCAAAAUGAAUCCGUCGCUUCUGAACGCCGGAAGAGCCGUGUUCGAUCUCGGCGGCUAUCCAAUUGAAUCGCCACUCGAGAAGAAUUGGUAG